AUUUGACAUUACCGUAUCACAUGAUCAGAGAAGCUUCUUCAUUGUAGAGCCCAGAGGCCAGAGGAAGGUCAUCUUUCUGGGCUUUCAUCCCUUCUGUUUCCCUAUUAACAUUGAAUGUUGGUUAAACUUCUUUCAUCACCGUUUUCUUUGUAGUAUAUAUAAACUCGUUGGAAUCGUUUAUAUUAAUGCUCGGAAGAUUUCACCUUUUCUGCAUUCAACUUAAUAGAAGAAUUCACAGGAGAGUAAUCUGAGUCAAUAUUAUUGGUAGCAGCAUUCAGCUUAAUGUUGUCCUCAAUGUCAUCCCCCAAACCAACACUCCAUUUUCAGCUAAACAACCCACACAUUUCAACCCAUCCUCCAACAAUUAAACCACAAAAGCUCCCUUCGAUUUCUUGUAUCAGAUCCUCAAAUAAACUCAUUUUCACGUCCCAAUUGAGCAAAUCCACUUGGAACCCACCAACCACUUUCACUCUCCAAUCAAAACUAACUAAUUUCUCACCCAAGACGUGUGUUCCUAUUCGAAGUGACAUUUCGUCGAACAGUUAUGAGACAAACAAUGAGCGGAGGUUUCGCGAAUGGAUUGAGUUGAUUGGUGAAGCAAUAUCUACUGCAUUUCCUAUAUGGGUAUCUUUGGGUUGUUUAUUGGGUUUGAUGAAGCCAGUUUCUUUCAACUGGGUCACGCCAAAGUGGACCAUUCUUGGCCUUACUCUCACCAUGCUUGGUAUGGGCAUGACUCUCUCUCUUGAUGACCUACGUGGCGCUCUUUCCAUGCCCAAGGAGAUCAUUUCUGGCUUCGUGCUUCAGUACUCGGUGAUGCCAAUAUCAGGAUUUCUUGUGAGCAAGCUUUUAAAUCUGCCAGCGCAUUAUGCAGCUGGUUUAAUAUUGGUUGGUUGCUGCCCUGGUGGUACAGCUAGUAACAUUGUAACUUAUAUUGCACGUGGAAAUGUAGCACUUUCAGUGUUGAUGACAGCAGCAAGCACCCUUUUUGCUGUGGUCAUGACCCCUUUUCUUACAGCUAAACUUGCCGGGCAAUAUGUUGCAGUGGAUGCAGCAGGGUUAUUAAUGUCCACAUUGCAGGUAGUUCUUCUUCCUGUACUGGCUGGUGCAUUUCUAAACCAGUAUUUCCAAAGCCUGGUUAAGUUUGUCUCUCCAUUGAUGCCACCCAUUGCUGUGGGAACUGUUGCUAUUCUGUGUGGAAAUGCAAUUGCCCAGAGUUCUUCUGCAAUCCUUAUGUCUGGCAAACAAGUGGUUCUUGCUGCAUCUCUUCUUCAUGCUUCUGGAUUUUUCUUUGGUUAUGUACUUGCAAGGGCGCUUGGCCUUGACACAGCAUCUUCAAGAACGAUCUCUAUUGAGGUUGGCAUGCAGAACUCGGUGCUCGGAGUUGUUCUUGCCACUCAACACUUCGGAAACCCUCUCACUGCGGUACCAUGUGCAGUUUCCAGUGUCUGUCAAUCAAUCUUUGGAAGUGUCUUAGCAGGAUUUUGGAGACGCACUGCACCGGCACCCAAGUAAAUGCAAGAUUGAAAUUCAAAACUAUGGAUAACCUUUGAAUAGCUCUGAGGCAUUUCUCUUCAAGUAUUUGAAUACGUAAUUUUUAGUCCUGCGAUGAUAUCAUUGGCCAUAUGUACCUGAGUACUUCAGGUAGAUGCGGUAUCCUUUGUCCCCCAAUUUGUGGAGUUUGUGCAGAUAUCAUUAUUCUAAAAGUAUCAUAAGGCUGAACUAAGUUUGAUGAAUAUUCUAAUGUUGGAAUCUAGAUGAUAUCAGUUUGUGUGUGACUAGAGAUCAGGAUGUGAGAAAUAGAAAUUUAGAUUUGAAACUUGAAAAUAAGUAGGAAA